AUGAAGCGUUUACAAAAGUGUUGCUGCUGUGCGUCCACCAGGACCGGGACCAUUAUAACCGGUGUAUUAGGAAUUAUUCUAUCAAUCAUCACUAUUAUAACCAUUUGGGUUGCCAACAAACAUAAUGUAUCAUAUAGAACAUUCAUAUUCGCUGAGGACUUCGAUAAGAAACUCGCUGACAUGGAUAUUCCGAGAAUAAUACUGACAGUGAAUUUAUGCUUCACCAUAUUGAUAUGCACACUUCUUAUCGUUGCAGUGUUAAAGCGUCGUUCAUGGUUAAUGCUGCCAUGGGUUGUCUUGGGUAUAGUGCUAGCCAUUGGACUUCUGAUCAGUGUUCUCCACACCUCCAUAACUUACUACCUCGAUGGCAUGGACCACGCACUCAUAGCCACAUGCAUACUCAUCGGCGGACUCAUAUACUUGGGCAUUUACCUCUACUUGUGGGCAGUUGUCUUCAGUCACUACUUGGAUGUCCGCGACGAGGAAGAAAGAGGUAGAUACCGUAAAGCUCCCUACAAACGAUAA